UUAUUAACAUUCGCUGCGGUUGCCUCUGCUGCCUGCCGAACUUUGAAGUUGAAGUUUUCGAAAAAGGAGUUUCGUGGGUGAAAAGUGCUUCUGAAGUGAUUAAAUUUACGGUAACUUGGUAGACGGAGUGGAUUAUUUCGCCCGCGGAUGCCAAAAUGAGCUAUCAAAAUCGAACAAUGUCACACAACCCCUACAACACAUCGGACAUGCCGAUGCCCUCGGCAAAGGAGCAAACACUGAUGUGGCAGCAGAACUCCUACAUGGGUGAUUCCGGCAUCCAAUCGGGUGUGGUCACGCAGGUGCCCUCGCUCAGCGGCAAGGACGACGAUAUGGAAGACGACCCGCUGAUGUUCGACAUGGAUCAAGGUUUUUCGCAGAACUUCACCCAGGACCAGGUGGACGAUAUGAACCAACAGCUGAGCACGACCCGCUCGCAGCGUGUCCGUGCGGCCAUGUUUCCCGAAACACUCGAGGAGGGUAUUGAGUUUCCUUCCACUCAGUUCGAUCCGCAGCAGCCGACGGCUGUUCAGCGCCUAUCCGAACCAUCGCAAAUGCUGAAGCACGCUGUGGUCAAUCUAAUUAACUAUCAGGACGAUGCCGAUCUGGCCACUCGGGCAAUUCCCGAGUUGAUUAAGCUGUUGAACGACGAAGAUCAGGUCGUAGUAUCCAGAACCGCGAUGAUGGUCCACCAGUUGUCCAAGAAGGAAGCAUCACGUCACGCCAUUAUGAACAGCCCACAAAUGGUCGCCGCUUUGGUGCGUGCUCUGUCGCAAAGCAACGAUCUGGAAACGACCAAGGGAGCCGUGGGAACGUUGCACAAUUUAUCACAUCACCGUCAAGGUUUGCUGGCAAUUUUCAAAUCCGGAGGGAUACCCGCUCUGGUGAAGCUCCUAUCCUCACCGGUCGAAUCCGUACUGUUCUACGCCAUCACAACACUUCAUAAUCUGCUGCUGCAUCAGGAUGGUAGCAAAAUGGCAGUUCGUCUAGCCGGUGGUCUGCAAAAAAUGGUCGCUCUAUUGCAGCGCAACAAUGUCAAAUUUUUGGCCAUUGUAACUGAUUGCCUACAAAUUCUUGCCUACGGUAACCAGGAAAGUAAACUGAUUAUUCUUGCUUCCACCGGACCGAACGAACUGGUCCGCAUCAUGCGCUCGUAUGACUAUGAGAAGCUUCUCUGGACAACUUCUCGUGUUCUGAAAGUAUUGUCCGUAUGCUCUAGCAACAAGCCAGCUAUUGUCGAAGCUGGAGGCAUGCAAGCCCUAGCCAUGCAUUUGGGCAAUCCAUCACAGCGACUCGUUCAAAACUGUUUGUGGACAUUGCGUAAUCUAUCGGAUGCCGCCACUAAAGUUGACGGAUUGGAAACCCUGCUCUCCGGUUUGGUCACGGUACUCGGUUCAUCCGACGUCAACGUUGUCACGUGUGCCGCCGGUAUCCUCUCCAAUUUGACUUGUAACAACCAGCGCAACAAGGUCACCGUAUGCCAGGUGGGCGGCGUGGAAGCCCUGGUCGGUACCAUCAUCAACGCUGGUGAUCGUGAGGAGAUCACCGAACCAGCCGUCUGCGCUCUGCGUCAUCUAACAUCACGCCACCCGGAGUCGGAAUCCGCUCAGAACAUCGUACGCAAUGGGUACGGCUUGCCGGUGAUUGUGAAGCUACUUAAUCCACCGUCACGCUGGCCGCUGAUCAAGGCUGUCAUCGGGCUGAUUCGAAACCUGGCACUGUGCCCGCUGAAUGCCGCUCCGCUGCGCGAGAAUGGCGCCAUUCAUCUGCUGGUGCGGUUGCUGUUCAAGGCCUUCCAGGAUACGCAGCGGCAACGGUCAUCGGUUGCCACCAACGGUUCCCAGCCACCGGGAGCAUACGCUGACGGUGUCCGCAUGGAGGAAAUAGUCGAAGGCACUGUCGGUGCCUUGCACAUCCUCUCGAAGGAGGAUCUCAAUCGGCAGCUCAUUCGCCAGCAGAACGUGAUUCCGAUUUUCGUGCAACUACUAUUCUACAACGACAUCGAAAAUAUUCAGCGCGUGGCGGCCGGCGUUCUGUGCGAACUGGCCAUCGACAAGGAAGUAGCCGAGAUGAUCGAAGCCGAGGGGGCUACCGCACCGCUAACCGAACUGCUCAACUCGGCUAACGAAGGCGUUGCCACCUACGCCGCCGCGGUCCUGUUCAAGAUGAGCGAGGACAAAUCGAUGGACUACAAGAAACGGUUCUCCAGCGAACUGACCACGCUGCCGGUGUUCCGCGACGACAGCAUGUGGAACAACGGGGAGCUGGGGAUGGGACCGGACCUGCAGGACAUCCUUUCGCCUGAUCAGGCGUACGAGGGUCUCUACGGACAAGGGCCUCCCAGUGUGCACAGCUCGCACGGCGGUCGUGCAUUCCAGCAAGGAUACGACACACUGCCGAUAGAUUCCAUGCAGGGACUGGAAAUAGGCGGCGGCAACGGCGGAGGCGGCCAGCCGGGUAACGCCGCCGCCAACGUUCCCGGGGGGCCUCCGUCCAAUCAGCCGACGUCGCCGUACGCGAUGGACAUGGACGUCGGCGAAAUGGACGCCGGAGAGCUCACUUUCGAGCAUCUGAACGUGAUGCCAUCGCCACCGCAGGACAACAACCAGGUGGCCGCCUGGUACGAUACCGAUUUGUAGAAGAUCAAUCGGCUGCGCGGCAAGCCGGAACGGACCGAUUUCGGUAGUUUUACAUUUGCUUUUAGUGAUAUCACAAAAACAUAUAUAUUUUUAACCCCACACUUUGUGCUUCCGAACAAUAUUCACGAGAAAGAUUCACGCUGAAAACGGCAGCUUUUUUACUAUAAAUGUUUUGUUCUCUUAAGAAUCUUUUUUAAGCAAAAAAAAAGCAUCAAAAUAAGGCCUUAUUGGCAAAGAUAGCCAACUAAAUUGGCAAUUUUAGUUUUAAAUAUUUACUAUUAUCUAUCUCUGUUACUGAAGAUAAAUGAAAUACGAAUUUUAAUCAUUUUGUCAAUCAAAAACAAAUAUUUUAAACAUAAAAUACAACCUACCAUUAUCGGCACACGGUACCCGGUACGGUGACGCAUGUUUGCUACUGCAUUAUGCUAUGAUCCGCUCAAAAACAACAACAAAAAUAGAGCUCAUUUGAAUGGGACGAAUUAUAAACGACAAAAACGCACGACGACGAGGACGAUGCAUGCGAUGCGGGCAGUUUCCUCAAACUCAAACGGAAAGCUCCAUCAAAAAACAAAAAAUCUUAAGGCAACUUACUAAAUAUUUAACGAUCACACACAUUAGUAUAAAUGUUAUGCUACUUCAGUGAAACAGAAGCAAGAAGAAAACAAAAUCGAAACUCACUCUUAGUAGACAAAUCGGGCGCGCGCAGCGCAGCACGGCUAAGUGGUGCGGUGUCUUACUUAUAAAUGGCAGCAACCCCCAUUAAAUCGCGCGAAUCACAACGCAACACAUUAGUAGAAAGCAGCAAGUCAGCAAUUCCAUAACAAGAAGAAGUAAAAAAAAAAGAAUCCUGAAGACGUCCUGUGCUUAGUUCAAUUUACACAAUCCAUACUAGUGCGAUCAGUGGCUAACUUUCCCAGCUCGGUUUGUUUUAAACACACGUGGUAGUUUUUCUCUCUCUCUGAUGAACAUUCAGUUUCAGUUUUUUUUAAUUCAGUAACCGAACGGAUUGAAGCAUUUGAUCCCUUCUUUUUGAUAAGAUAAUUUACAUAUGUAUUUGAGAAGCGAAGCAGCAAAUAUGAAGUAUAAUUGAUUAUUAAAAUUAUAUAUUAUAUAUUACACGAUGCAACAGAACCUUCCUCUCAGUAUAUAAGAAAAUGCAAGGAGAAAAAUAUAUUAAAAACU